AUGUAUCUUGCUAGGGCGGCAGCGCAAGGAUAUGGAACGGGAUUACACGACUCUGCUAUAAAAUCUCAAGUUUCCAUCAAUGCUACAGGAUCUACUAAGCUUGGCGUCAAUAUUACACCUCUCGUUCAUUCUAUUAUUGAAGAACCUAUUAGAAUUUUUAUUUCCACUGGCGAGUGCAAGAGUAUUGGUGAUCGCCAACUUCCAAACUCUCGUGCCGCUGUUUUGUGUGGCGGAGGUGUAAGACCCUACACAGAAGAUGAAGUGCGAGCAACGGCGGGUUCUGAAUUUGCAUCUGGUAAAGCAAUACAUACAUUUAAGGGACAUUACCGUCAGUGUAAAGAUGGUUCUUCUUCUUGCACUAUGAAUAUCAAAGAAGGUGAGGGUGGAAUGUACUUUGCUGACGGUGGGUUUUUCCUUGGUUCUUGGGUAAAUAAUCAACGUUCUGGUAUGGGUGCUCUUUACUCUUCUGUUGGCUACGCAUAUGAGGGAAAUUUUAAGGAUGAUGUUCCCCAUGGAUUUGGUUUGGAGUAUUUCCCUGCUGGCCAGGCGUAUGUUGGUGAGUUUGCAGAAGGUCGACCUCAUGGAUCUGGUGUAAUAUACUACCCUCGCAAUGGUACUAUUUACGUUGGAGAAUUUUCUCGAGGUGAAAAACAUGGAAGUGGGGUGGUGUUUUACGCAAAUGGAGAAGUGUUUGAAGGGCGUUGGGUUGGUGGUCGUCGCUGUGGUGAGGGGAUCUCCACAACUGUGAAAAAGGGGACUACAUCCCAUUCUGAUAGUGUCACUAUUUUUCAAGAAAGCUUUCGAGCUCAAUGGAAUCGUGACAAAUGCAAGUGGGAAACCAUUCGUAUUGAUUACACACACAAACCUCCUUCACUGGAGCAGUAUAUUAAAGAUGGUAUGAUUUCAUUAUUUGAGGAUAUUGAAAGUCCGUUGGGGUAUAGCGUUGGAACUCUUUCUGUAGCACACGAACUUGUGCAUGAAAUACCUUUAGCUUUACUACAUCGUUUGGAGCGUUGCUUUGAUAAAUUAGAUGAGAUGUGUACAGGAGAAGUGCCAUUGACGACGUUGCAGGCGGCCUUUGAACCUUUUCCUAGUAAAAAUAAUGUACUGAACUCUAUUUUAAAGGCUACACAGUCUUCUUCCUCUGAUAGUUUUAUACCAGGUCACCUGAAUUUUAUGAUGUUUCUGCAAGGAUUGUUUCCUCACUUGAGCGAAUCUGAUAUUUAUCGUCAUUUAAUGAAAGAAAUACCGUUAGAAACACUGUUUCGACUACGAGGAGAACUUGCAGGAGUGGUUUCUACCAGAAAUGAUGGUUUCUUGCAACUUGUGGAAACUAACUGCCAAAACCUUGCAUUUUACAAAGGACAAAAAGGUCUUCAUAAUACCAAACAGUGUACGGGUGGAAUCACAAAAAAAGGGACAGAUGAAAAUAAAAUGACUCUAGAGAGUAUUCAAUUGAAUGCAGAGGAGCUAUUUAAACUAGGAGGAGUUAUUGGAGGGGUGCGUGUGCCGUAUGGUUUGCUACUUCGACAAAAAGUUUUACACGGUAGUGAAAGACUAAAUUUCCUUGAACUAUUGGAAGGACUUUAUCCGUCCAUCUCUCCAUCAUUUUUGUAUCGAUGUGAAGUAACAUCUUUUUUACCGCAUGUUUUUAAUGACUAUCUUAACUCUUUUUCACAAUUGGAUGAGGAGGGAACAUGUUUUCUUUCCAUACAAGGGAUGAUUUCUGCAAGAUCUCGUUUCUUAGCCGUCCGUGCUAUUGGGCAUGAACGGAUUCCUUCUCCCACAAACGCGCUAGAAAGACUUAUUCGUCCAGGACGACAACGCUGCUAUGCUUAUUGGGUUAUUGGCGAUAUUAUGCUAUCUAUAGACUUUGCGAGGUAUAUUGAUCGCUUUAAAACUGGAUUACUCUCUCUUGCUGAUAUUCUGAGACAUGCGUACCCAAAUAUACCAUGUCUCUUAACAAAAAACCGUUUAUUACCCAGUACGACGGUGACCCAUAGCCAAUUUCACUCUACCGGAUUAGGAUUAGGAGGAGGAGUUGGAAAUCCCUCUACUGAUCGUCUAAAUAUUUCUUCUUGCCAAUGUUGCAUUUGUACAUUCUGUGCUACUAACAGUCUCCCGCUAAGUGCUUCUAAGGCUUAG